AUGCCCGAACAAUUCCAAAUCAGCGAAACUGUGAGAAAUAUCUCACGAUUCGAGGAUGAUGAGCAAUAUUCCACUGCUAUAGAAGAACGAUUCUGGCGGAUAGACUUCUGUAGAAAUGAUGAUUACCUUGGGCUUUAUCUGAAAUGUGAAAAAGAAGAGUGUGAAUGGUCGAUUGAAGUUGAGUUUACACUGAAAUUGGUGUCACAGAAUGGGAAUUGUUUGAUGAAAAGCUGGAAGGACACAUUUGAAAAGACGGAAGCUCUUGGUUUUGAUAAAUUUGUUAGUUGGAAGGAUUUGGAGAGUGAUUAUGUGGUUGAUGAUAGUGUUGUAGUUGAAACUCAUGUCAGGAUAGUUAAAGAAACCGAAUCUCCGUGCAUUGAAUACAAAAACCAAAAAACAUUUCUACUGAAUCACACUGUUAAAAAUGUUUCGAGAAUUAUAGAUGGAAGCGACUAUUUCACAAAAAUAGAAAAUCGAUUUAAUAUUCCAUGGCAAUUAAAAAUUCAAAGAAGAAAUGGAUUUUUUGGAAUAUUUUUACACUGCAAUAAAGAAAUGUCCAAUAGAAGCAAUUGGACUAUCGCAGUUGACUUCACGCUGAAACUAGUCUCUACAAAUGGUCAGUGCUUAACUUCAAAUAUGACAUCUGUUUUCAACGAGCCAGAUGGUUACGGGCUCUUUAAAUUUAUAAGAUGGGAUGAUAUGGAGGAGAAGUACCUGGUGAACGAUAGUAUCGGAGUUGAAGCUCGUGUCAAGAUUAUUAAAAUGACUGGAUGUAACGACAUUGAAGACCUGGAAAAUAAGUUCUAUAAUUGUGUAAUUAGUUGA